CCGGGGCCACAACGCGGGCACCGGGGCCACAACGCGGGCACCGGGGGCAUGCCGUGGGCACCGGGGCCACAACGCGGGCACCAGGGCCACAACGCGAGCACCAGGGGCAUACCGUGGGCACCGGGGCCACAACGCGGGCACCGGGGCCACAACGCGGGCACCGGGGGCAUGCCGUGGGCACCGGGGCCACAACGCGGGCACCAGGGCCACAACGCGGGCACCGGGGGCAUGCCGUGGGCACCGGGGCCACAACGCGGGCACCAGGGCCACAACGCGAGCACCAGGGGCAUACCGUGGGCACCGGGGCCACAACGCGGGCACCGGGGCCACAACGCGGGCACCGGGGGCAUGCCGUGGGCACCGGGGCCACAACGCGGGCACCGGGGCCACAACGCGGGCACCGGGGGCAUGCCGUGGGCACCGGGGCCACAACGCGGGCACCAGGGCCACAACGCGAGCACCAGGGGCAUACCGUGGGCACCGGGGCCACAACGCGGGCACCGGGGGCAUGCCAUAGGCACCACAGCCACAACACGGGCACCAGGGCCACAACGCGGGCACCGGGGGCAUGCCAUAGGCACCGGGGCCACAACGCGGGCACCGGGGCCACAACGCGGGCACCGGGGGCAUGCCGUGGGCACCGGGGCCACAACGCGGGCACCAGGGCCACAACGCGAGCACCAGGGGCAUACCGUGGGCACCGGGGCCACAACGCGGGCACCGGGGGCAUGCCGUAGGCACCGGGGCCACAACGCGGGCACCGGGGGCAUACCAUGGGCACCGAGGGCAUGCCGUAGGCACCGGGGCCACAACGCAGGCACCUAG